AUGGGCGGGGCUCCCCUAAGAUCCAAAGGAUGCAAUACUUGCAGGAAACGAAAGGUUAAGCAAGCCGUGCGCCAUCAGUCCCUGACUCGCCCCAGUGCGAUCUUCAACGGCCCGAAUGCGCCCGUUGUCUCCGAGGAGGCCACCACUGCCAGGGAUACGAAAGAGCGCGCAGGAGUUAUCAAUGUCAAUUCGCAGAUCCGGUCUCAACUUUUCUCGCUCUUCAUUGACUCUUACAUUCCGUCUCCGCCUGUGGGGCACAUCAAUUUAAGAUGUCAAAAGGUGACUAAUGUGAUUGAGGACUUUCCGUCAUUAAUGGACGGGAAGAAUAGCCAGUUGUUUGAUCGAGCUAUCUCUGCACUUGCUGCGGCUUUUGUCGGCAAGAAGUUCAAUGAUAGUCGGUUGACACAUCACGGUGUGAAACUGUAUAACCACGCUAUACAAGCUUUUGCGGCCUUGAUUCCUCGCACUGGACUUCCAGUUCAAGAAGUUCUUUGCGCGAAUGUUGUUUUUCAAUUAUACGAGGUCAUUAAUUGUACGUACGGAUUUGCGGGUUGGAUGGCACACAUGCAAGGUGCAAAUGCCGUCCUUGCUCUACAUGAGAAAUCGUUAAAGAGAGAUCAACUUUCUACUAUGCUUCUUCGACAAUUGAAGUUAUCGAAUAUCUUUCACGCCAUCGGAAAAUCCCAGUCCGCUCUUUCCUCUUUCCCAAUGUGGAAGAUGUUGUCACCUCCACGAGUUGAUGAUCCAUUAGAUGAAAUAAUCGACAUUCUCAUGGAAUGCACUGCCCUUCUUGAAAAGGCAGGAAGCGUGCAAACCACCCAAGACUUGACAAAUACGAAAUAUCUAUGUCAUGAGUUAGAAUGGCAAGCGCAUUCAUGGCAUACGCGACUGACGAAUGUCUCUGAAUGUCCCCUUUAUACCCUUGUUCCUGACGAUUCCGGAAUACCUCGCCCCAAAACGAGAAAUGCGGUCUUCCCGGAAAGAUUCGACUUUAUAUCUGUUGAUAUAGCAGAAGCCUACAUGCUAUAUUGGACUGCCCUUCUGGUUAUAUCUUCAGUUCUAUAUGAAUUUGAGUGCCAAACGAUUCUUCAUCAAGGUGUCAUCGUCUCUUCUCAUCAUGUGGCUGAUAGCCAAAAUGAAUAUACUUCGUUCUUCCAUGAAGCCUUAUUCUACGCGGACCAACUCUGUCGUGGCGUGGGUUACUUCAUACAACCGCACAUGCACAUACUUGGGGGUCAUAAUCUCCUUUUUCCUGUGGCAAUGUCAUCUCAAUUCUUCCAUAGAAAUGGCUUCUAUGAUCGUUACGACUGGUGCCAGGAUGUUUUUGCUACGUUGGAAUCGAUGGGACUGGGGCUAGCCAGUGUCUUGCAGGGCACUCCGUGGCUUACGUAUAAGUCCGGCGAGAGUGAAAAUUCUCCAUGUUGA